CAUGGUAACAGCGUAGACACAGCUGGCCGGUUGACUAUCUACAGUAGCUCACCGCCUGUGAAUUAACGGUGCUAAAGUGGCCUUCUCUUCAUUUAUUAACCACGGAUCAUUAGCGCUGAAUUCAGGAGCAUUAAGAUUCUGAGUAAGUUAGGAUGUCCAGUGAUCUUGCUGGUGUGUGGGAGGUUGCACUGAGUGAUGGAGUCCACAGAAUAGAGUUUGAACAUGGCACCACCACUGGAAAGAGAGUCAUUUCCGUUGAUGGAAAGGAGAUAUUGAGACGAGAUUGGAUGUUCAAACUUGUGGGGAAGGAGACAUUCAGUGUGGGCAAGUCAGACACCAAAGCGACCAUCAACAUUGAUGCGGUCAGUGGUUUUGCCUACGAGUACACCUUGGAGAUUAACGGAAAGAGCUUGAAGCAGUACAUUGAAAACAGGUCAAAGGUCACCAGCACCUGGGUGCUCAACUUGGAUGGCACAGACUGCAGGGUGGUCCUGGAGAAAGACACCAUGGAUGUUUGGUGUAAUGGACAGAAGAUUGAAACUGCAGGAGAGUUUGUGGAUGAUGGCACAGAGACACAUUUCACACUCGGAGACCACAACUGCUGUGUUAAGGCCGUGAGCAGCGGGAAGAGACGAGACGGGAUCAUUCACACACUGCUCGUGGAUGGCACAGAGAUAUCUGAAUGCACUGAGUGACUGUGUGUGGUUGUCUACGGACCAAGUGACAGGAAUACGUGCUCUUACAGUGCCUAUAAAAUGUAGUCACCCCCUUGGAGGUUUUACCCUUUUAUUGAUUUUAUAAAUCAAUUAUGGUCAAUAUAAUUUGGCUUUUUUAACAGAAAACAUC